CUACUAGUACCCGUAGUUUUCUUACUAUCUUUGUAAAAUAACCAAUAAAACGUUAUUGUCAAGUUGAAGUCCUCUUCUCUGACUUAAAGUAGAAGAGACAAGGGUCGACAAGAUGUCUCUGAAGCUGAUUAUAAGUCUACUGUUAGUAUUUUUGGUUUGUACUAAAGCAUGGCCAUUAAGCAAAGAAACAUCCGUCGAAACGUCAGGUUCAGGAGAAUCAAUUAGCGGUAGUUUUAAUGACGAGGACACAACGUCAGUUGAAAUUCUUGGUAACGAUAAAAAAGAAGCUUCCAGUAGCGGUAGCAGUGGUAGUGAUAUCGAUGAUGAAGAUACGAUGAAUGAUGAUAUAUCAUCAGAUGAAUCGGGAUCGACUGAAUCGGAGGAUUCCGAAUCAUCCACCAAGAAAGAGAAAGAGAGCGAUGAAGACCACAAGAAAGAGAGUGAUAAAGAAAUUGUAAGCAAGCUUAAAAAGUUUAAAGAUAACACUGUAGGUGGUGGAUCAGGAAGUGGAGGACCUACAGAUGUACCACCUUCAGUCGAAUAUGGUGCUCCAAAACCAGCUCCAACAACAGUUCCAACAAAAGCUUUUGUCAAAUGUCCACCACCAUGUGUUAAACCUCCACCUCCAGCUGGUGUCAAAUGUCCACCACCAUGUGUUAAACCUCCACCUCCAGCUGGUGUCAAAUGUCCACCACCAUGUGUUAAACCUCCACCUCCAGCUGGUGUCAAAUGUCCACCACCAUGUUUUAGACGACCAUUUCCAGCUGGUAUCAACUGUCCACCACCAUGUUUUAGACGACCAUUUCCAGUARCUAACUGCCAACCACCAUGUCAACCAAUGAGGGAGCGUUGGGUUCCAMGACCACGUUACGUACCAGGCCCACCCGUUCCUCCUCCGCCAUACCAGCCACCUCCAGUUCCAGUAUGCGCACCUUCAUGUGGUCCACAAAGCUGCGCCCCCACUUGUCCAACUUCUUGCUGCGGUGUUGCACCUCAACAACCCUUCGUGUUCCAACCUCCUCAAAUGCCAUCAUGCCAGCCAUCUUGUGCACCUGCCUGUUGUCAACAAGCCCCACCACCACCUCCUCCUCCUCCACCACCUCCAGCACCGGCUAUUUGCCCUCCAACAUGCCAACCAAAUAUGUGCCAACAAGGAUGCCCUCCAAUCUGCUGCAAAUAAACUUUUGUAACUUAAUGAAAGAACUUUGCUAUCGAAAUAAGUUGGUAAACAAAAUGAAUUGCAAAUACCUCUAAAUGGACUAGUUAGAAGAGUGUGAUAGUAUUUGUUAAAAGGCACCAUGGCCAUAUUUUAAAUAGUGUAAACACUUAAUUGUGCUACGAUGAUACUAUAGUACUAUAGCUAUUCAAUCUGUUUACAAACAUGUACUGUGUAAGUGCUUUGUCAUCUUUGUGGUUCAAAACCAACAUUCGUCUCAUGUACAGCCAUAUAGCACUUUUGCAUCCUUACAAUUAAAAUGAGACUUACUGCAAUGUGGAUUGCUUAACUGUUUACCAGCAAACAUCCAAAGUGCAAUACAGUCUUUAUUUGGUAACAAUUUAUUUAAAGUGGUGAAAGGGGCUUUUUGUUAGUUUUUUGGUUCAGUUAGUUUAUUUACCCCUCAAUAUUACCUUGUUUUAAAGGAAUUUUUGGACAACUAAUUAAUAUGCGAGUAUCAAUUCAUGUAAUUCUUCUAUCUGAUUAAUUCAUCAUUAGUAGAAAUUUGACUGAUAAUUCCAAAUAUGGUUAAUUACUCUUUCUAUGAAAGAAAAGAAAUAAACUAUGUAUAAAAAACAA